AUGAGCGGCCUUCUUCCUCUCGUUUCACUUGGAGCUCUGACUCUUGCUUCCACUGCACUGAGCGCCCCUGCCGGCUCUACUACAGCCUCGACCACCAAGCAAUGCGUCCAACUCCAGAUUCCCGUCCCGGUGGUGGCCACCAACUACCACUAUGACCAGCCCCAGGUUGACAGCAGUAUCGACGCCAUGGACUGGACUGUCAACGUGACCACCUGGAGCAGCUCCAACUUUACUGCUCGCAUUACUGGACGUGUGGACAUCAACAAGAUAUACAACAUCGGCGCACAAUUGUGCGUGCCGUCGCAAAAGACCAGCAAAGCAGGCAUUUUGCAGAUUGCAACCCCUGGCCUUGGAUUUGGCAAAGAAUACUUUGACGUCGAGGUUGAUCCGCAGCAGUACUCGUACGUUGAUGCCGCCAUCAACAAGGGCUACUCGGUCCUUUCUUACGAUCGUCUUGGCACUGGUGCAUCCGAGAAGCCAAACGCUUACGACGACGUCCAGAUUCCAGUGGAAAUUGAAAUCUUGGCCGGCCUGACUAAAAUUGCCCGCGGCGGAAAGCUGAUAAGCUCCUCCAAGAGCAACGCAAGCGCUGCGUUCGACUUUACGCCCACCAAGAUUGUCCACGUCGGCCACUCGUACGGCUCAUAUGUAAACUCGCUCAUGCUCAUCAACUACCCCGAUAUCAUCGACGGCGCCAUCUUCACCGGUCUCUACCCCAACAGCAUCGAGGCCACCGAUCCGCUCAACGUCUUGAACUACAACCACGCAUUCGCCAGCGAGAGCGAUCCCGCCCGCUUUUCCGAGUACGGCUCGGGCUACUUCGUCUUGGAUAACGAGGAAACUAUCCAGAAGCUGUUUUUCCAAAAGGCCUCCAUGGACCCAGCCCUGCUUACCUACGCUGAGAGCAUCAAGCAGCCUGAAGCCGUGGGCGAGUACUCGUCUGAAGAGGGCAACCCACUCGCGCCCGCUCCCGAUUACAAAGGCCCGUUGAUGUUCUUUGUUGGCGAGUUUGAUAACUUCGUCUGCAAUGGCAAUUGCAGCGGCAUCUAUGCCGCAGACUUUGCGAACCAGCUCUAUCCGAGCGUGGCUGCAGACGAUCUUGUCUAUUACCUGCAGCCAAACACGGGCCAUGCCUCCAUGUUGUCGACGAAUGCUUCUGCCGGCUAUGAGGUUAUGCUGGGAUUCUUGGAUUCUCGAGGCUUGUAA